UUGGAGGUAAAAAUACGGAAAAACAGAAAUGUCUCGCAUCACUUUCACGGUUUUAUAUAUCAGAUAGAGUGUUAUGUAAAAUCAGUACACGGGCCAACGAUGGAGAUCACCCCUAAAGCAACUAAAGUAAAGUCAGUGUACUCCUCACCUUGUAACUCAGUGGAAUCAAGCCCCUGUGAACACAAAGAGGAAAAACCUCAUCAACAGCUGAGUUCCUCACUGAAGGAGAGGCUGAAGAGAUCGAGGCGCUCCUUCACCUCACCCUUCUCUGUGGCCAAACGGCUUUGUGUUGAGGACUUGGAAGAGGCUGGCCAACAAGUUUCAGCAGAUUCCCGGGAGACUGUUAAUAAUCCUCCAGUCAUCAUGUGCAAUGUUGAUGUAAACAGAAAUGAGUCGAGAACAGGGAGUGAAAGGUUUUCUGGACUCAUUCCUGAACCAACACAUCUCCCGUCAAAAGAUUUAUCACGACGACAAGACCAAUUGAAGAAAGAGGUUAAAGACAAGAUGGAGACUUUGCGCAGGCUCAAGAUGGUUAAAAUGUACAGAAGCAAGAAUGAUUUAACACAGCUUCAAACCUUGAUUGACAAGUGGCGGAGUUGUGCUCAGGCUGCACUGUGGGAGCUCCAGUUAGAUGUCCCAAUAGACGGUCGAAAGGCCAGCCUGUCUGAGCUUAUCGACCUCUUUGGUCUGGAUGACCGCAUUCUGCACUUUGACCGCACAGAGGAGGACUUCACUACCUAAUAAUAUACUCUGAAACACACAUAAUUUGUAUCAUCAGUAUACAAAUAUACUACAGAGGAACAAUCACAUUUCAAAUAUACUUAUUGUUUUAUUUGUUGCUGCUACAAGUUUUGUUCACAGCUUUAGUUGUAAAUUUCAUGUUAAAUUGUGAAGAGAAGUGUAAAUAAAACCCUGUUAUGUA